AAGCCAUGGCCUCGCUCUCCCUCCCCCAGGCUCGAGUGUUUGUCCUGCUCCUCGCGUGUCUGGCUCCCUCAAUCGGCGCCCUCGGGGAACAGAAGCCCCUUGACGCUCCUGCAGGAUGCUCGCCCUUGCUCUCAGCGACUCGGGACGCCAAAGCCGCGCAGAAGGAGCUCUCAGGCCUCCUCCAGAUAGCCUCGAAGGACGCCUCUCUCGACGCCAAGAAACUGGAGAGGACCUUGUUCUUCGUGGCCAAGCGGUGGGCGCACAGGUUGGAGGAGCAGGUGAGGCGCGCCCGGCGGGAGUGCGGCCUCCACGAGGGGCUCCUGGAGGCCUACCUACGAGGAGGAGGCGGAGGAGGGACGGGAGAGGAGGAGGAGGAGGAGGGAAGGGAGAAGAGAGAGAACGAAAUAGGAAGAGGAAGAUGGAGGUUUCAGACCCCCGAGAAGGCGCACAAGCGAGAGACUGACCCCGAAAGAGAGGCGAGAGAGAGGGAGAGGGAGAGAGAGGCAACACCCGAGACCUGGAGAGAACUUUUGACCCGCCCGAAGGACUCCAGAGAUCGUGGGAUAACCCAGAGGUCGCUGACGAAGCUGUUGGUCAAGAUUCUCGGACUGGGGGCGGAGGGACAGCUGCCUGGAGGAGGAGGAGGAGGUGGUCGAGAACCCACUCUCGAGGACGACCCACGGCCGAGACUCGAGGUGGACGAGGAGGAGGUCGUGCACGAAGUCCCAAGGACCUUUUUGAGUCUGGCUCUCGGGUCCUCGCUCAUUCAGCACCACUGGAAGAAGUUCGAUACCAAAUCUCCUCUGUUGCUGACCUUGACCCGCGCCCUGUCUCCCGCCGUGCUCAGAAUGGGGGGGUCAUCUGCCAAUUUCCUGACCUAUGACCCCCAGGCAAGGUCACGGGGGUCAAGAGACGAAGAGGAAGAGGAAGUGGAAGAGGAGACGAUAAAUGAGGGAGUAGAGAAGGAGGUAGGAGAGAAUAAUGGAUUUUAUCGACGUGCGAAGAGAGAAGUGAGAGAGAGAACGGGAAGAAAUAAGGAAUUUGUCGAAGAAAGACAUAACGAAGGAGAAGAAGAAGGAGAAACACCGAUUAACUCACCAACUCAACUCCCGGAAGAAUACGAAGACGAGGGAGAAUACGAAGAAGACGAUUACGAAGAAGAAGAAGGAGAAAGAGAAACAGAUUCAAAGAAAACGGGAAUGGCGGAGGAGAUAGAAAACGGAGAAGAAAUGGCGGAUUGUGAGUGCGGUUCAACAAGACAGAUAUUCACGAAUUUUACGAUGACAGCUCGCGACUGGCGCCUCCUCCAGGACUUCGCCAGGGACGCCAAGAUGUCACUGCUCUUCGAUGUCAACCAGUUCUACUCGAGGAGAUGGUCGAGUCUGGGACCCUGAGAACGUGAGGGCUGAUACUACGUGACGUCGAGGAGGAGAGGGAACGGGGUCUCCUGUGGCAGCUGGGGAACGAACCGAAUGCCUACAACCACAAGUUCUCGCUGAGGAUCCCCCCGAACCAGACUGCCGAGGACUACCUCCUCCUGCAGCAGGAACUGGACAGGCGCUUCCCUCACGCCGGGGUUGUGGGUCCUGACGUCAC